AUGUCUGUCUGCGUUCUUGCAUCCUCUCGAGCUGUCAACCCUUCUGCCAACACCGACCCAAGCGCAUUUCCUUCACUAUCAGUCAAUCCGCAUGCCGAUGAUUUGAACCAGGCAACCUCCCCCUUUGAGCCUCGCCCUCUGCCUGCAAACCAGGCCGCUGCCUCUCGCCGUGCGGCUUUGCGACUGACAUCACAUACCUACAUCCCCACCCUCUGCCGAGGCACAAGAUGGCGACGUCGGUCCAAGUUCUCAAGGUACGGGAUGCAAUGCGCAGUAUCGGCGCAGUUUGGAGCUUUUGAAGAGCGAGCCGCCCUGGAGCGCAUCGCGCUUGACCCGAGAUACCACGACCUGUUGUCGCUCGUCAAGACUGCCCGCAAUGGCGCCGUCUACGGAGCAAAGGUCCGGUUUCCACAUGCGCUGGUGAUGAUCUUCCUCUUCCGAUCGGGAACAUUCCGACAAAAGAUUAGUCUCGUGUGGAGGGCUACCAGAAAGCAUGCCACCAACCUGGCCCGAUUUGCAACCAUAUACAAGUUGACUGUGCUUGCGCUGAAGCACUGGGGUCCAACGCCCGGAAAGGAGGGCCCCUACGACACAUUCAUCGCCGGUCUUCUGGGCGGCUACAUUGUCUUUGGCCAGCGGUCAAAGCGCAACGGCAAGGUCUCGUCUGUCAGCCAGCAAAUCGUCAUCUACAUCUUUGCUCGUGUCGCGCUGGCGCUGGCACGCAUUGCCGUCAAGCCCGGGCACGGAUUCCCCGUCGUCUCUAAGGAGCCCCUGCAUUCUCAAAUCAGCUACUACGCCUGGCCGGCCUUUGCCUCCCUUUCCUGGGCCAUGGUCAUGUAUCUUUUCAAGACGCAUCCCGAGGACCUGCAGUCCAGCCUGCGCAGCAGCAUGGUGUAUAUCUACAAGGAUUGCGACGAGUGGGAUGGACUGCGGACGCUGCUGUGGCAUAACAAAUGA